GUUUUUUUUCGUUUCGUCGAGAAGUUGAAACUUGCCCCACUUACCCGCCCGCAGGCGGGAACCACAUCCACUGCCUUCAUUAUUCCCGGCAGGAGCGGGAUGCGUAUCAUGAUUCAUGAUUCGAGACUGUCCGACCGAUCGGCCCAUGUAAGAUGGUCUGAGUCUGCGCUUCUGUUAUCCAUCUUCUGGCCCAACCUGGAACUGGUUUGCUUUGGUUCGUUUCUCGAUUUGCGGAUCAACAGUCCUGGUGUGUUUGUGAAAACUUCGGCCGCAAAGUUUUGAAUAUAGCUUACUCCUUCUACACCAUGAACGGCACUCCAUCCUGGACAAACCGUCUUCCUACCCUCCAAGCCUUACAAGUUACUCUACCAGACGACAUAGACGCUAAUGGAAUAGCAAAGGCUUGGUUCAACUCUUUCACAGAAUCCCUCAACGACACCGAAAAGACCUUGGCACUACUCCUCGACGAUGCAAUGUGGAGGGAUCUCCUCUCCUUCACUUGGGACAUGCGCACCUUCUACGGACGAGAAGCCCUCCACAAAUUCAUCACCGAUCGAGUCAUCAUCACCAAAACCGAAAACUUCUCUCUCGAUUACGUCAAAUUCGAACAACCCUUCCCAGACAUGGCAUGGAUCGUAGGUACCUUCCGAUUCACUACCCCCCUAGGCAACUGCAACGGUGUCUUCCGAAUCGUUCCAACCCCCUCAGGCCAAUGGAAAGCCUUCAACAUCUUCACGAACCUCCCAGAACUUCGUAACUUCCCACACCAAAUCAACUCCCUUCGUCGUCGGAAUCCUGUACCCGGUCUUGAAUGGUUUAAACGCAGGAACGAAGAAAUCGCCUACGCCGAUCGGGAACCCAAGGUUUUGAUCGUGGGUGCGGGUCAAAGCGGGCUCUCACUUGCGGCGAGGUUGAAGUUUCUUGAUGUUCCGACGUUGUUGAUAGAGAAAGAUAGUCGGGUGGGUGAUUCGUGGAGGAAUAGGUAUACUUCUCUGUGUUUGCAUUUCCCCGUUUGGAAUGAUCAUAUGCCGUACAUCUCUUUCCCUCCAACAUGGCCAAUCUAUACACCCUCAUACAAGAUGGCUGAAUGGCUCGAAAGUUAUGUAAAGUCCCUCGAACUCGACGUCUGGACUUCUUCAACCGUUCUCGACGCUUCGCAAGACGACGACAAGAAAUGGAAUGUCCGUGUUCAGAAGAGUGAUGGAUCCAUUCGUACAUUCCGCGUCAAUCACUUGGUGUUUGCCACUGGUAUCGGCGAUGGAUGUCCCAAUAUGCCUGAUAUCGCGAACGAGACCGAAUAUACAGGAAAAAUCAUGCACUCUACCGCCUACCGCGAAUCCGAACCUUUCCAAGGGAAGAAGGUCACCGUCAUCGGGACUGGGAACUCGGGCCAUGAUAUUGCCUACGAUUUGGCUCGUAAUGGUAUCGCUGUGACGAUGAUCCAACGAAGCUCGACGUUCGUAAUGAACAUGGACGAUCAUUGGAAAUACUUGGGUGGCAUGUUCUACAGAGAAGACGGGCCACCCACAGAACUCGCUGACAUGCUCUACCACUCCAUUCCCUACCUCUUACAAGAAGGCGGAUUCGCACAACGGUCCACAAAGAAGAUCGUGGAUGAUCAAAAGGAGAGAUUCGAAAAACUCCGUAAAACAGGGUAUAGAGUGGGUAGUGGGAUUAAAGAGGGUGGUUUUGCGUUACAGAUGAAGGAACGAGGGGGUGGUCAUUGUUUCGAUCAUGGUUCGAUCCAGCUCAUAAUCGAUGGGAAAAUCGGAGUGAAGAACCUAAAUGAAAGCUCGAUCAAGAGAUACUACUCUACCGGUCUUGAAUUCAACGACGGGAGUAAACUCGAGUCUGAUGUUGUGAUCUGUGCAACUGGAAUCGGCGACACAAGACAGAUUAUUCGUAAAAUCUGUGGAGACUCCGUUGCGGAUGAUUGUCCUCCGAUUCUUGGUGUUGAUGAUGAGGGAGAGACAAACUCGUGUAGGCCUUUGUCGAGAGAUGGGUUGUGGUAUAUUAUGGGGAGUUUACAAGUGAACAGGUUUUAUUCGAAUCCUUUGGCUAUCCAGAUCAAAGCUGCAGAAGAAAAUAUCUCUGGAGUUCGGUACUGAAGGGGAUAUGAUGCGGAGGGGCGCGGGGAUUUUGACUGUUUCUAUUUCUAGAGUACCCCCCGAUUAGAAGUACCGAGUAUUUACAUAAGUUACAGCCUCAAUAAACAAAGUUC